UUAGCAAGGUAGUGGAGAAAAGAGAGAAACAAAGAGAGAGAUGAAUGCUAAUUUGAGUUCCUUCUUGAUCUCUAUAGUAGUCUUUGGAUCACUUCUAGGAGUUUGUCAUGGAGCGGAGUUGAGAAAACAUUUUUACAAGGAUAGUUGUCCCCUGGCUGAGGACAUUGUGAAGGAAAUCAUUUGGAAACGUGUGGCAAGCAAUUCAACUUUGCCUGCCAAGUUUCUGAGGAUGCAUUUUCAUGAUUGUUUUGUCAGGGGUUGCGAUGCCUCUAUAUUGCUAGACUCUACAGCAAAUAACCAGGCUGAGAAGGCAGCAAUUCCAAACCUAUCUCUGGGAGGAUUCGAUGUAAUAGAUGAGGUGAAGACAGAGUUAGAGAAGACCUGUCCUGGAGUAGUUUCUUGUGCAGAUAUCAUUGCUUUGGCUGCUAGAGACUCAGUUUCCUACCAAUUUCAGAGGCCAAUCUGGGAAGUACUUACCGGAAGAAGGGAUGGAAGCAUAUCACAUAAGUCAGACUCAGAGGUCCGCGCCAACAAUAUCCCAUCACCACUCUUCGAUUUCAGUAGCCUAAAACAAUCUUUUGCCAACAAAGGUCUCACAGUUCAUGAUCUUGUUGUUUUAUCAGGUGGACAUACAAUUGGUGUUGGGCAUUGCAAUUUCUUCAGCAACAGGCUAUACAAUUUCACAGGAAAAAAUGAUGCAGAUCCUUCUCUAAACUCGACCUAUGCUGCUUUCUUGAAAACCCAAUGCAAAAACCUCUCAAACAAAAUAACUAUCGUACCAAUGGAUCCUGGAAGCCCCCUAUCCUUUGACAACAACUACUUCAAAAACUUGAAGCUGAAUCAAGGUCUUUUCCAAUCUGAUGCUGCACUUUUAACCAACAAUGAAGCUACCAAUACUGUCGAUGAGCUGCUUGACUCUCAAGAUUUUUUCACGGAGUUUGGUCAAUCGAUGAAGAGGAUGGGAGCCAUUCAUGUGCUUACAGGAAGUUCGGGAGAGAUUAGGAAGAAGUGUAAUGUGGUUACAGUGUUUGGGCUUCUAGGAGUUUGUCAUGGACAGUUGAGAAUGCAUUUUUAUGAGGAGAGUUGUCCCCAUGCUGAGGAAAUUGUGAAGGAAAUCAUAUGGAACCGUGUGGCAAGCAAUUCAACUUUGCCUGCCAAGUUUCUGAGGAUGCAUUUUCAUGAUUGUUUCGUCAGGGGUUGUGAUGGCUCUGUACUGAUAGACUCUACCCCAAAUAACCAGGCUGAGAAGGCAGCAAUUCCAAACCUAUCUCUGGGAGGAUUCGAUGUAAUAGAUGAGGUGAAGACAGAGUUAGAGAAGACCUGUCCUGGAGUAGUUUCUUGUGCAGAUAUCGUUGCUUUGGCUGCUAGAGACUCAGUUUCCUACCAAUUUCAGAGGCCAAUUUGGGAUGUACUUACCGGUAGAAGGGAUGGAAUCAUAUCGCGCCAGUCAGAGGCCCUUGCCAACAUCCCAACACCAUUCUUUAAUUUCACCACCCUGAAACAAUCUUUUGCUAACAAAAGCCUCACAGUUCAUGAUCUUGUUGUUUUAUCAGGUGGACAUACAAUUGGUGUUGGGCAUUGCAAUUUCUUCAGCAACAGGCUAUACAAUUUCACAGGAAAAAAUGAUGAAAAUGAUGAAGAUCCUUCUCUAAACUCAACCUAUGCUGCUUUCUUGAAAACCCAAUGCAAAAGCCUCUCAAACAAUGUAACUUUUGUGCCAAUGGAUCCUGGAAGCCCCCUAUCCUUUGACAACAAUUAUUUCAACAUCUUGAAGCAAAAGGAAGGUCUUUUCCAAUCUGAUGCUGCACUUUUAACCGACAGUGAAGCUACCUACAAUGUCAAUGAGCUGCUUAACUCUCAGAAUUUUUUCACGGAGUUUGCUCAAUCGAUUAUGAGGAUGGGAGCCAUUCAAGUGCUUACAGGAAGUUCGGGAGAUAUUAGGAAGAAGUGUAGUGUGGUGAAUCCUUGA